GGUAAUAUUGUUACAUUUCAGACAGACUAGUCUUCUCGGCAAAAAUGUUUUGUUUCGUACGAUACGUGACUGAAUGCACCGGGGAAAACUGAUAGGUUUAAAAAUUUUAAAAUUAUGAAUCAUGGUGCUAAGGUUGAUUCAGAGUCUCUGUGGACAUGGACCAUGAAAAUUUUAUUAGAUUCACUCGGGCUUUCAAAGAUAUUUACAAGUGACUUCGAAUUCAGAUAAGAGUGUUUACGAUGCGCACCAAACAAUUAAUAGAAUUAGUAAGAGGAUGUAGAUUUUUAUACGAUAAAGAAGACGAAACGUAUAGUGACAAUGACAAAAAGGAGGAUGCCUGGACGGAAAUUGGGAGGAUUUUAAAUGAACCAGCUAAACAAGUCAAAAAGCGAUGGACUAAUUUGAGAGACAGCUACCGAAGAGCUAUGAAGAAGAAAAGAGGCAAAAAAAGUGGACAAGCCACACAUAAAAUAAAGAAGUGGAAAUAUGAAGAUGAGAUGUUAUUUUUAGACCCAUACAUCAAAGAAAGGGAAACUGUUACUUCAAUACGCACCAGUGAUGAAUCAAACAAUGAACUAGAUACCAGCAAUACAACUUCAACAGCAGAUUCCAAUGUAACACAAAUACUAUUGUCACCUAAAAAUUCUGAUGUACCACCAGAAAUAUUAGCUGGAAGGAAAAUAAAAGGAGAAACAGAAACAGCAUCAACAGUAUUGAUGAAUUACAUUCUAAAAAGCAAGAGUGAAAGUCCGGAGCAGCAACAACAAGAGGAUGAUAUAGAUUUAUUUUUUAAAAGUAUAGCAUUAACAGUAAAAAAGCUUUCUCCAUACACUCAAGCAAUAGCUAAAGCCAGAGUUUUUUCCAUUAUUUCUGCUUUAGAAUUAGAAGAACUUUCAAAUAAAAAUCGUCACCAUUCCCCGUCGUAUUCAUCCCAUUCAUCGGUCGUUCCGACACCCAUUACAUCACUCUCUACACUAUAA